UUCCCCACGCGUCCCAGCCCCUGGAGCACUCCUUGCGCCUGGCAUAUAGCAGGCACUGAGUAACAUCAGUGGGAUGGGUACAACCCAGUCCUCUCCCACUCCAGAUCCCAUGCUCUACCCCAUCCCCACGACCUGGUCCCCUAGUUUUGCCCCCAGAGGUCUGGGGGGACUCUGACAAUGUGUAUCCAGUGGAGAGACCAGGAGGCACUGAGGGCGGCAAGCCUUGGUUGAGGAGCAGGGGACAAAAGCCAACCAAGUUUGCCUGAUAUCCAUUAACCAGGCCCCGGACAACUGGUCUCAGCCCAACUGUGCCCACCUUGCUGUGUGGUCUUGGCUCCCUGCCCACUCCACAGCCAUGGCCACAGCGGUGGCCCAGAAGCUUAGCCACUUUCUGCCCAGUUUGCAGCAGGACCACCAGGAGCCUCUGUCAUCUGUGCAGCCAGAGCCUGUCUUCACGGUAGACCGAGCCAAGGUGCCACCCCUCUUCUGGAAGCCAUACAUCUACGUGGGCUACCGGCCGCUGCAUCAGACCUGGAGCUUCUACUUCCGCUCGCUGUUCCAGCAGCACAACGAGGCAGUGAACGUCUGGACCCACCUGCUGGCAGCCCUGAUGCUGUUGCUGCGGCUGGCCGUCUUUGUGGGGACUGUGGACUUCUGGGGAGACCCCCAUGCCAUGCCCCUCUUCAUCAUUGUCCUCACCUCCUUCACCUACCUCUUCUUCAGUGCCUUGGCUCACCUCCUGCAGGCCAAGUCUGAAUUCUGGCAUUAUAACUUCUUCUUCCUGGACUACGUGGGUGUGGCUGUGUACCAAUUUGGCAGUGCCCUGGCACAUUUUUACUAUGCCAUUGAGCCUGCCUGGCAUGCCCAAGUGCAGGCCAUUUUCCUGCCCAUGGCCGCCUUUCUCGCCUGGCUUUCCUGCACUGGCUCAUGCUACAACAAGUAUAUCCAGAAGCCCGGCCUGUUGGGCCGCACAUGCCAGGAGGUGCCCUCGGCGCUGGCCUAUAUGCUGGACAUCAGCCCGGUGGCACACCGCAUCCUGGUGUCCCCCAACCCCGCCACAGAUGACCUUGCUCUUCUCUACUACAAGUGCCAGGUGGUCUUCUUCCUGCUGGCUGCUGCUUUCUUCUCAGCCCUCAUGCCUGAGCGCUGGUUCCCUGGCAGCUGCCACCUCUUUGGGCAGGGCCACCAGAUCUUCCAUGUCUUCUUGGUACUGUGCACGCUGGCUCAGCUGGAGGCUGUGGCGCUGGACUAUGAAGCCCGGCGGCCCAUCUAUGAGCCACUGCACACCCGCUGGCCCCACAACUUCUCUGGCCUCUUCCUGCUCACCGUGGGCAGCAGUGUCCUCACCGCGUUCUUCCUGAGCCAGCUGGUGCAGCGCAAACUCAAUCAGAAGACCCAGUGAAGGGAGAUGGCAGUUGGUAGGGAGGGAGGUAGAGCGGGAGCCCAGGGGUCUGGUCUUGGCCACAUGUGGGAACAAGGCCUGGUAAAGUUGUUUGUGUCUGGAAUGCAGUGACUCUCUGUGCGUGCCUCAGCUGCCAAGGGUGGCAUUGGCCAGUCUUUGGUCCUUCAGUGUAGGGAUUGGCCUGGAGCUGCCGGAGUCUUUCCUGAGCCUGCCCUAGCUCCCUGACUUGGGAGAGGGAAAGAGAUAGAGAUGCGGGCCACCCUGGUUUGCCUCCCCCCAUUGCCUCUCACCAGGCAUGAGGAUGGGAGGGUCAGCUGGGGCCAGGACUCUGGUUUAGGGCUUCCAGAUUGUCUGGUGGAGGUAAAGGUGGAAUGUAGGUCAGAAUUAGAUUUGAGUUUAGGGGCAGCGGAGGCCUCAGCAACUCCCAUCUAGCCAGAUUUCACUAGUGGAUAGGAAGGGGCGGGGCCAAUAUGUAUACAGGGAUUAUCAUUGCUUGAACCCCAGCCUGGAGUUUUGGAGCUUCAGAGUCCUGAGAGUUAAAGAUUGUGUCAGGUGCAAAUGGAUCUCAUCCAGUGCCACAUACCUCUCAGUCCCUGUUCCACACGCUGAGCCCUACUCCCAGCUUUGGCCUCCAUGUUGCACAUGUCCUAUUCCCAGCCAUUCUCCUAGUUAACCUUGUUUGCGAUUCAGUGAUCCAUUCAGUGUUUUCGGGGCUUCUGCUCAGGGCCCUUUGGAUCAAUGCAGGAUCAAAGACUUGAAUGUUGGAAUGAACUGUCAGGGGAAGCACUGAGGAGGGAAUAAUCAGUAUGCCCUGGGGCUCUCAGGGUCUUGUAUGAGAAGGGUGAAUAGGAGUCUUGCAGAUGAAGAAGGAAGGAAUUCUAGGCGAGGGGAAAAAAGGUUACAAAGAAAGGCCUAGAGGUAUGGAAGUUCAAUGGGGUUGGAGCUAGGGGUGGUCUGGUCUCCAAUAUGUCCUAGAUGCAAUAAAGUUACUGU